GUUACUCUGUGCCUUGGCUAGCUAUGUCGGGCAGCCAUGCACCGAGGUCCCACCGCGGUCUGAAGACGGCAUAUGACUAUCUCCCAGUCAAUCUACAUCCUCGCGCCGGCCGACAGAGUUUGGGAGACGCUACUCGACUUCAAAGCGUACAAGGAAUGGAACUCUUUUGUCGACCGAGUCGAGUUUGUUUCUGACCAGCGAAGCACCGAGCCCAGUGCCGACCAAACCCCCGCCGUUGGCCGCAAGAUGGUCAUCUACCCCGUCAACCUGUCCUCCAUCACCGCGACGAUGCAUACGCUCGACCCCGCGAACUUCCGCGUCGCAUGGGAGACGGUUCCCGUUCUGCCCAAGUGGGCCCUGCACGCGGACCGGUGGCAGACGCUGACGCGGGAGGAGGUAGAUGGGGAAAUGAUGACCAAGUACCAGAGCUUUGAGGUCUUCAGCGGCGUCCUGGCGUACAUCAUCCGCUGGUUCUUGAAGAAGCAGUUGAAUGAUGGGGUCAGAUCCAUGGCGGAGGCUCUCAAGACUCGGUCGGAGGGAAUUUAG